CCAAUUAAUUUAGAAAACCUUGAACUUUGGCUACGUGAAAAAAGUGCUAAGCAAAGGAAUAUCAGAAGUGGAAGGUAGCCCGACUAGCCAAAAUUACAAACUGUUGUUACUUUUACAUGUUUGCAAUACUUUACACUGUUUAAACAGCUAGUGUUGCUUCUGACGUGCUUAAAGAAGAGAUUAUACCUAGAAGAUACUUAUGUACUUAAAAUACAUAACCACACGACCCAGAUAAUAACAAUUCGAUAGUAUAUUAAAAGUUGUUGGAAAAAAUAAACAACUAUGUGGUCUCGAAACAGUAAUAACAACAACAACAGGCAAUCCUGCUUGCCGACAUCUAAAGGGCCCUUUUUACCAGGAUGUAUAGAUUUUAUGACAGAAUAUUCAGAAAACGGCUUUUUUGUAAGGCUAUUUUACCCUACGGAAAAGACAGAUGAUAUUAGGAAAUAUCGAAAUCAAUGGAUUCCGUGGUGCCCUGAUAUAAGUUAUAUUUAUGGUUUUAGCAGAGUCCUUCGCAUGAUGCCAUUUAUAAUUCGUUUUGUCUUUUGGUGGACAUCCGGAAAUAUCCACAUUCCCACCCUGUACGGGGCAAAGGUAAAUAACACGCACAAAUUAAAACCAAUAAUUUUUUCACAUGGGCUUGGAAGCAACAGAUUUUUGUAUAGUGUUAUUUGUAACGAAUUAGCUUCUAGAGGGUAUUUGGUGGCGGUUAUCGAACACAGGGACGGCUCCGCCAGUAAUACUUACUACUACAAGUCUAAAGAAGACGCAAAGAACGAUAAAAGAACACCCAUUGAUUUUAUAAAUAUCGAUCUCGGAAAAAAUCAUUACAAUAAACGAAAUUCUCAAAUUCAUAAACGCUCUGAAGAGUGUGAGAAAGUUUUAGAUUUUUUAUUGGGGGUAAAUAUGGGUAAAUGUCCUGAAAACGUGUUAAAAGAUGUGCCCACAAAUAAAGAAAUCAAUUUUGAGCUGAGUGACCUAAUUGAUCAUAUCGAUGUGACCAAUGUUACCAUGUGUGGCCAUUCUUUUGGUGGCGCGACCGCUCUCUAUGCAAUUUCCAAAAGGAAAGAGUUCAAACAAGGCAUUUUGUUUGAUCCAUGGAUGUUUCCCAUAAAAGAUGAACAAGAUGUGUUUAAUAUCUCGCAACCCCUUAUUUUUAUAAAUACACAAACCUUUCAUAUCACCACAAACGUUAAGGCUAUGGAAAAAUUUUUAAAUUGCGAGGGCAGAGAAAUGUACACAAUCGUAAAUACCACACACGAAAACCAAACUGAUACAGUGUUUACAGCUGGUUAUUGGUUGAAUUGGUUCAUGAUAAAAAUGAAUCCGUUUAAGGCAAUUAACAUAAAUAAUUAUUUGGUCUUUCGGUUUCUAACAAAAUACGCACCCAGUUCUUAUUCAAAUUUCGACGAAGAAUGUAAACAAUUUUUGGAAAAGGAAAGGAGAGCUUUUGUAGAAGGUCUAACGAAACCAUGGGCUUAACAGUUACAUUAUAUUGAUAAAGAAAUAAAAUUAUUACUUUUUUGAA